GAUCUGCGGGCGAGCCCGCGGAGAUCAUGGCGCUCGUUGGGCACGGCGCGGGCGAGGCGUGCAGGAAGCGCCUCCUUCCAGGUAAGCACUUCCUGGACUGGUACGACGCCGACGACGUGUACCACGAGAGGCUGGCGCUGUGGCCGGAAACGCAUCGCAGGUGGGUCAUCCUGACCCCCGAUCUCGACAUGUACUCGGAGGAGCUGGACGGCAGCGAGGGCGCCGACGGCGUGUCGCGCGUCCUGGACUUCAGCCCGGAAGGUCGCCUGCCGCCGCCGGACAAGCCGGUGCACCGCUUCCCGGCUUCGGUGCCCCUUGCAGAUUUGAAGGACUACAUCCGCGAGGGGCGCCGCAUAGCUUUGGAGGAAGGCUCUGAGGCAGGUCACCAGCCGAUCGAGGUCUCGGACGUGGUGAUGUCUGAUCGCGAGGUGGUGCCGUUAGACACCACGUUUGGCGGUCGCUUCCUUCCCCGACGCCUGCCGUUGCGACGCGGCUCUCCAGCGGCCGAUGCCGCCGCGGGCGCGGAGGCCCCAGCAGCCGCUGCCCCGGCCGUGGCGCCUGGGCCGGCGGAUGCCCCGCUGGCGGUGGCGCUUGGCCCAGAUGACUUCGCGCUCUCGGACUAUGGCGCAGUGAUCAUCCGCCAUUGCCAGGCGCGCCGCGCUGAGCUCGUGCCGCUGUCGGAGGUGGGCGCCGCCCCAGCUGCGGCUUGCGGGUGA